CAAAAAGUAUUCGAACCCUGUCUAUCAUUUAGCCUCAUUUUGGUGCAUCGUCUUAUAGAUUCUUGAGCCAAUUCAAUCACCAUGAAGUUCUUCAUCACUAUCGCACUGGCACUGUUUGCCGUUGCUGCUGCCCAGGACGAAAACAUGUACACCAGCAAGUACGACAACAUCAACCUGGAUGAGAUUCUGAUGUCCGACCGUCUGUUCAAGAACUACUACAACUGCCUGACCGACGCCGGUCCGUGCACUCCCGAAGGCAACGAGCUGAAACGGGUUCUGCCGGAAGCGUUGGAGCAGUCCUGUGCCAAGUGCAGCCAGAAGCAGCGUGAUUCGGGUGUACGGGCCAUCAAAUACGUGACCGAGAACCGCCCGGACGAGUGGAAGAUUCUGCUGGCCCGUUUCGAUCCGGAGAACAAGUACGUCGCCCAGUACCUGGCCGAAGCCGAGAAGGAGGGAAUCAAGCUGUGAUGUGGGUGUUAGGAACUGAUUAGAUACAAAAAUAGUUGAAUUGUUGUUGCUUUUUGUUAUCUCUUUUGAAUUUAACGCCAUAGUAGAAUAAAAGAAUGUCAAAUUUA